GCAGUGUCCGUUCUAUUUUAUCAAUGACACUGUCGGUUAUAAAACAGUCUAACCCCAACAGAUAUUUUCGGCUGAAUUUUUGUUGUAAUAGAAAAACAUUUAUAUAGACUAUUGAUCGUCGAUGUUUUACAUGUACAAUUUAAUCCCCGCCAAAGAUGAAUCCCCCUCUUUUGAAAAAUCACCUUUAAACCCGAAGCCACGUGACCUUGCAGACGACCUCUAAUUCGGUGUUCGUAUCGUCCGUUCCUAGUCGUGUUUCGUGAUAACCCUUAAUAUAUCUUUGACACACUCGUACGUCGUCGCACGAGUUGUUAAACUAAAUCAUCUUUAUUCUCUCGUCGAAUUUCCGUCGACUUGCUACUAAAAGUAGUCAAGACUCUUCAAAGUAUCCGAGAUUAUGAUACGAACCACAAGCGGUCUACGUAAUGAAUUGGCACGCGCUAUACUUCGAAGUACCAUACGAACGAACAUCGUAAGAUCUGUGGUCAUACGAUGUCUUCACAGAAAACAUCUACAAAGGAUUCAGGUUCACAAUACUUUGCGCCUUACGGUGGCACCAUGGAAGCAACAAUAUAGGUUUUACGCAGAUUACCCUGAUCAUGUCAAAGUACAAUUGCCUGCACUGUCUCCUACUAUGGAAACAGGCACUAUUGUUAGUUGGCAAAAAAAGGAAGGUGAUAAGUUAAAUGAAGGUGACUUAUUAGCAGAAAUUGAAACUGAUAAAGCAACAAUGGGUUUUGAGACUCCUGAAGAGGGGUACCUGGCAAAAAUUCUUGUACCAGCAGGAUCAAAAAAUGUACCAAUUGGCAAACUUGUUUGUAUAAUUGUUUCGGAUGAAGGUAGUGUAGCUGCCUUCAAAGAUUUCAAAGAUGACUCUGCAGCUGCUCCACCUCCACCUGCUGCUGCACCAGCAGCACCGACUCCUGCACCAUCCACUCCUCCUCCAAGUCCUGUAACACCACCAACACCAGCAGCUGCCAAAUUACCUACAUCUUCUGGUGAUAGAAUAUAUGCUAGUCCUUUAGCCAAACGUCUUGCUCUUGAAAAAGGCCUUAGUUUGCAAGGUCUAAAGGGUUCUGGAUUAUAUGGUUCCAUAACAUCUAAGGACUUAGGAGCUGCUGCCCCAGCUGCUGCUGUCCAGCCUGGAGUGGCAAUGGGUGUUCCCGGAGGAUUCGAUGUUCCUGUAUCCAAUAUACGAGCAGUAAUUGCCAAACGUCUCCUGGAAAGUAAACAGACUAUCCCACAUUAUUAUUUAUCAAUAGAUAUAAAAAUGGAUGCAGCUCUAGAAAUGCGAAACCAAUUUAACAAAAUGUUAGAAAAGGACAAGGUAAAGAUCAGUGUAAAUGAUAUCAUUAUCAAAGGCAUGGCAAUGGCUUGCAAAAAAGUACCUGAAGGCAACAGUGCUUGGAUGGGUGAUGUUAUUAGGCAGUACAAUAAUGUUGAUGUAAGCGUAGCAGUUAGUACUGAGAAUGGUCUCAUUACACCAAUAGUCUUCACUGCUGAUGCAAAGGGUAUAGUUCAGAUUAGUAAAGAUGUAAAAGCAUUAGCUACAAAGGCAAGGGAAGGAAAAUUACAGCCACAGGAAUUCCAAGGUGGAACUAUAACUGUAUCUAAUCUGGGAAUGUUUGGUAUUAAAAACUUCUCUGCCAUUAUAAAUCCUCCCCAAUCUAUCAUCCUUGCUGUUGGUACUACUGAAGCUAGACUAAUACCUGCCAAGAACGAGAACGGAUUUACAACUGCCCAAUAUAUGUCCGUCACUGCCAGUUGCGACCACCGUACCGUGGAUGGUGCGGUAGGUGCUCAGUGGUUAGCUGCAUUCAAGAGUUUCAUGGAGAAUCCUACAAACAUGCUAUUGUAGUAAGUUCCACCAUAAUGUGUUCAAUGGUGUAGUUUGAGUAAGCACAAAUUACACGAAAGAAAAAACGAAAAUGUUCUUCUGUUCAGGUACGAAAGGUGACGAUGAAUGUCCUGUAUAUUUGUGUAUAGUACGAUUCUGAAUCAUGUUACUUUACGCAUUUGCAAAUUAUCGACUUUUAAUAGGACCUGAGCUUUGUACGGUACAUUUUUUUUCCUUUCCGGUCGACGUACUGACACGAAUUCAGGACUAACGUGUCACGAACGUCACUACGAAUUCAGAUUAUUCAUGAUGUAGAAAUUUUUAUUUGUGGUUUUUCAGUAAGUAAAAAACUGACAAGCGAAGUCAGUAUAGAUGAAGAAAAUGUUUAUCAUUUUGAAAGAUUUUAUUUUAAAUUAAUUUGAAAAACCACAGAACUCUCCUUCCCCUGCGAUAUUAGUGGCCACCUGUAAAUAUGUGUAUUUAUGAAAUAUAAUUAUGGCCCUCCUAUGUUAACGCAGAAUUUAUUUGUUAAUUAGGGAUAAAUAAAAACAAAUCUAAUGAACUGUGUCAAACUGUUUAUAGUAAAUAAUAUACAUACAUACAUGGA